AUGGGAUACCUCGAUCCAAGAGAGUUGAACGAUCUGAUAGCUUUGGCUGAGAGAGGAGGGAUAGGAAAGGGGGUAGCUCUCACAGACUGUGUUGCGGAAGCGCCCGAUCAACUAAUGUACAUAUCAGGGGACGAGUUGAUCUUACUACGUGACCUUGGAAAAGUCUUACUGGCAUCAUGUGAAGGUGUGAUAGGAUGGGUAGAAAGGGAGAAUGUGAAAUUUGACUCUUUAGCUGGAAGUAGUACACCACCAAACGGUGUCAAAGAUCUACCAAAAACUGUUUUGACUGUUCCUUCACCACCUCGUCCGAGCUGUACGAAACAUUCUAGCUAUCAAUACGAUGAGGAAGAGGAGGAAGCUGAAGGAGUAGAAGAGCUACAAUCUCAUCUGGUGACAAGAAGUAGACGAGAAUUGAAGAGAAUCUCGGAACCGUUCGAAUUAGAUUCACCUCAACCAUCACCUGCCUUAUCACAGGAUAAUCGACAACAAGGAUUUUUCGAUCAACAGCAGCAACCGCAACAGAUUGGUGAAAGAAGGUCAAUAGUAUCAAACAACAGUAGUGAAGCUUUCGGAGGGAUAGGUGGAUUCAUGAUGGGCGGUAACGAGAAUGAAGAUGACUAUGAGGAUGGAGAUGGAGGCAUAAAGGUUGAUAGCUUGGAAGAGCUCAAAGACGAUCAGUCCCCCUCCACUACAUCGGUUACUGCAUCUCAUCAACCACCCACAGGAUCUGCUUCUGCGCCCUUCCACCGUCGUUCAUCCUCCUUUCAUAGCAAAGAUGAAAGUGAACAUGGAGAUGAACAGGAUCUAGAAGAAGAUGAAGAUGACGUCGAAUGGGAUAUUUACGACGACUACGCUCGAGAGAGCAUGUACGGUCCAGCGAAACGGAUGAGCUUGGCAAUCCAACAGAAGAGAUUAUCUAGAGCUGCCAAAGCAGCUAGUAAAGUCCCCUCACCACUGAGCGUAGGUAGUGCGUCACCAGGACUGUCGUCCCCUGCUUGGUCGAUGGACAACCGAUUGAGUCGAAGUCCUCAAACAGAGAGUUUCAGGUUACCUUCGGCCAAGAAAAUCCUUCAGGCAAAUCAAAGUCAACACAAUGUUGAUCCAAACGGUACAAUUCAAGUCCAGGAGGAAAAUCAAGAAGGAGAGCAAAUCCAAAUCACACCCAAAUUAUCUGAUCAGCUUACGCCCACCACGCCUAACCAAUCCCAUUUCCACAAGUUAGAUAUGCCUUCCGCACAAAGUGGCAGAUCGGUAGCUACGGAAUUACGGUUGAGAAUCAUGAGAGAAAGGGAGAAGGAGGAGUCUGAAAACGAUUCGACCAACAGUCCUUUCAAAUCACGCCAAGAAUAUCAAGCUAUUGCGCCUUCAACUGAUGCGAAGAACGAUGACAGCGAAAUGCAAUCAGCUGGGAAUGACCCUCAUGAGCACGUUACCCAUGGUUCAUCUUCCAUAUCUGCGCACCAAAGCAGCCCUUCUGAUUCCACCACUUCAGGUCAGAGAUCAGCAAGUACCACCCAUGAUUCCGAAGAGUCGACGAACAUCGCUACCCCUCAACCUCAUGAGGCUGAACCGCUCAAUGCUCCAUCUUCGGCUGGCCAUGAGACGGUGGGUCAUGACAUGACGAAGAGCGCUAGCGGCCAUUCUCUUCUCGCUUCGCCCUUGCCCAUCGACGAGAUUGAAGUAAAGAUCGAUGUGACCGACAAUGGUAUAAUCUCUGCCCACAGCCUGGUGCCUCCUCCACCUUGUACUCACUCCCCCAGUCUAUCACCUCAUUUGCAUCAAUCAGCUCCAUGGACCCCGGGAUCACCCUCUUCGCCGCAUAGCGUAUCAGCUACUCGACAGGCAGUGGAUGUAGCUAGAUCUACCUUCGAUGGGAAACGACCCAGGGGCCUGACGCUCGUGGGGAGAAUGGAAGCUGAUUUACUAGCUUCAAAGGGACCUGUUCCAAUCACAUUUUUAGUAAAUGGCCCAGGAAUGCCCGUCCUUCCUACUCCUCCCCCUUCUUCUCACGGACACGAGGCCAUUGGCUUAGGAUUGCCUUCCUCCAAAAGCCGUGCACCGUCACCUCAUGAUGCUCAUAGAAGAGCUACUUCACCUUUGGCGUCACCCAUCUUGGCCAAUGAAGAUACGAUGAAUCAAGCUUCACCCUUUCCACCUCACCCACAUCCUCAUCCUGUUAGAAGCGCGACUUCGCCUGUACCACCUACACCCAGUACGCCUCUCGAAGCCGAUCUCGCUAAACCCAGUCCACCAUCCUUGGUCGGUCGACCUAGGGCGCGAAGUUUCUCUGCUACUGUAGCCAAGACUCUGGGUGUGGGGGUAAAGAAGGAUUUUACCCCUCCACCACCGGCUUUGUCAAUCCAGAUCGAUCAAACUCCGCCAUUACCUGACCCUUCUAUCAAGUCGCCGGUCCCUCAGUCUGCAAGUUCCGUGAAGAGAUCUUUCUUCGGUGGUAGGAAAUCAUCCUUGAACCCCGCGACUCCACCUACAGGUACACACUCGCCAUCCUCAUCGAGCGCCACAGUCAAUCAUCUACCUAUCCCUUCAACACCUGCGUCUGUGCACCACCAUGGAAUAAGUAACGGAAAUGGUUCUACACCAUCGUUACAUAUUCCUGGAUCCGCCAGAUCAUCCUCCUUCUCCUUCAAUUCGUCUAUCAACUCCAAGACACCUAAGAAAAGCUAUACUACGCCUUCGUCUAUCACUUCGAGAGGAGGUGCGAUAUCUCAUAAAGACUUUAUAGAGGAAACUGUCAAAGCUGAAGGGUUGGAUUUCGAACUUAUACAACCCAAACGACAGAACGCAAAUGGAGUACUUUUAUCACCAAUCGAAGACAAUUCACCUAUAUCUCCUGGAUCGUUUAGCGACGUUUCGCAAAGACCCAACCUGAAUAGACAGUCGACGAUAACCUCGCAAAAUUCCAUAAACUCUCUUAGAGCUUUACCGGAGACUGAUGAGUGGGGAUUCUUAAAAGAUAGAUCACCUGUACCAGAGAUUUUCCAGAGUAGGAGUCAGCCGGGGGAUCAUAGGGUUAUUGAACAGAAAUGGCUUUCCAUCAUCUCGACACCUCUUCCACCCAAUACUUCCCCACCUAAGAAAGUCCGUAAACUUGUUCUGGACGCUGGAGUACCUUCAUCCCUUAGGGGAAAGGUGUGGGCGUGGUUCAUGGCCAAUACACUUUCAGCUAGAACACCGGGAUUGUAUCAGGAACUGAUUGCGCAUGAUAAUGGCUUGGAGGAUGAGAGGAUCGAUAAAGAUGUUGCUGGUGCAUACCCCGACCACUCCAUAUUCGCCUCGUCCAACUCAGCAGGUCAACAGGACCUCCGUCUGAUCCUUCGUGCAUACUCCAACUUCGCUCCUUCAGGCUAUCGAUCCGAGAUGACCCUGAUUGCUGGAGCAUUGUUGAUACAUUGUGUAGCAGAAGAUAGUUUCUGGUUGUUGAGUGGAUUAGUAAAUUCCGUUCUGAAGGAUUACUAUACCAAUUCGAACGAUAGGACAGGAUUGAGAAUCGAUUCGUCGGUAUUUAUGGGUUUGUUAAUGAAGGAAGAACCGAAGUUGGGUAAAUUGUUUAAUGAGAUUGGAUUGCAUCCAAUAUCUUUCCUCGAUAAAUGGUUUAGUCAAUUGUUUAUCAGAUGUUUACCUUGGCCCACUACUCUGAGAGUUAUAGAUGCUGUCGUUUCUGAAGGGCCCCGAUUUCUUCUCAUCGCUUCGUUCGCCAUCCUAACUUUAUCGAAGGAACGUUUAAUGGGCUUACAGAAAAACCCAACUACGGUAUUGAAAUAUUUACAAAACCUUCCUCAGGAUAGUUUGCUCUUACCUGAGAAUUUCAUGAAGACGUGUGAUCAGGUCAGGUUCGAUGAGAAGGAUUAUAAGAAGUUGAGGAGCUCGGUUGAGAAGGAGAUCAUGGGGUGA